AUUCCAAGCAUAUGAAGUAGGUGGCGUUCGCUAGUAUUAAUAUAAAGAACAGCACACAUUAAUGAUUGCCUCGAUAUGCAAACGCGAGUGUAGGUACAAUAAAACUCAAUUGUAUCUUACAAGUCGUGCAGUCUGCCUGUCGAAGUUGAUACACUUGUGGUGAUUAAUUAAUCAAUUAAUUAAUUUAUACGCAUUAAUGAAAUAGUAACUCGUAAAAAAUGGUAUCACCGGCUGUGAAACAGACAUGGGCAGUGAUGGGAGUACUCAUCAACAUGCUGGGAAACGGCAUGGUGCUGAGCUUCCCGUCCAUCCUUCUGCCUGCGGUGCAGUUGCCGGAGUCUAAGAUAAGGGCUGAUCUACAUACAGCUUCUUGGUUAGCAUCAUGCGUGGGCAUCUCCAGUAUCCCAGCGUUACUGAUAUCUUCAUUCCUGAUGGACUGGUGCGGGAGGAAGACUGCACACAUCGUUGUCAUCAUACCAGGCAUCAUCGGGUGGACUUUAGUCGCUUUCGCCCCCAACAUCACUGGUCUGAUGAUCGGAAGAAUUCUAUGUGGAUUAACUGCUGGGUCCUGUCUCUCUUUAGGAGCAGUAGUUAUUGGUGAAUACACAAGUCCCAGUAACAGAGGGAUGUUCUUAAAUAUGAAGACUACCGCCGUUUGUCUGGGUAAUAUGACGGUACACAUCUUUGGCCAUUUUUUAGCCUGGAAAGACGUAGCACUCGUGGCAUUAGUGCCACAUAUCGUUGCUGUCUUGAUAAUAUUUACGUGGCCAGAGAGUCCCGCUUGGUUAGCUUCGAAAAAAAGAUUUAAAGCAAGCGAAAAAUCAUUCUAUUGGCUAAGAGGUACCAGUGCUAAAUCGAGGAGAGAACUGGACGAAUUGAUCCGAGCUCAAAAGGAAAGAUUGGAUGGAACAAAUUCUACAAUAUUAUCAGAAAAGAUUUCAACAUUUUUCAAAAAUUUUACAAGAAAGGACUUCCUAAAGCCUAUGAUCGUUAUGGUGUUCUGUGGACUUUUGCUAGAAUCUUGCGGUAGACAUAUUUUCCCCGCCUACGCAUUACAAAUUGUUAAAGAAGUGACAGGCAAUAACACAGAUUCGUUUUACUACACAUUAGGUAUAGAUAUAAUAAUUUCUGUGAGUGCUCUGUUUUCAUCACUAUUAGUGAAAGUAAUGAGACGGCGAACUCUACUGUUUUCUACGGGUUUUGCAGCUUUAUUUGUCUUAAUAUGUGUGUGUAUGUAUAUUUAUCUGGUGACCAAAGAUAUAAUGCCUAACAACAAACCUUGGGUGCCUAUAUCGUUAUUUUCUGUGUACUUUAUCCUAUCUAAUUUGGGUUGUACUCCCAUACCCCUUGCUUUAUUGGGUGAGAUUUUUCCUUUAAUACAUAGAGGUGUAGGAUCAGCUUUAUCUGGUAUUAUAGUGUCAUUAUUUCUCAUGAUAGGUAUGCAAGUGACACCAUUUCUGCUAGUAAGCGUAAAUGUGUAUGGCACUUUUGCCGUUUUUGGGUCAGCUAUGGGUCUUGCGUUAGUUACGCUAUGUUUUAUUCUUCCGGAGACUAAAGAUAAAACUCUUCAGGAAAUAGAAGAUUACUUUAAUGUUAGACUAUUUAGAGAAAACCCUGAUGAUAAAGAAGCGAAAAUGAAAAUGAUACCCCACGAAAGUUAAUAAAUCAAUAAAUUCUAUUUCAUGGUCUAGUCACAAAUAUGUAGAUGUAGGAUUUGUAGUAGUAUCACAGAAAACAUAUGUACAAGUAGUAUCUAGUAAAGGUAUUGUGACAAGUUCUUCACAAAUCGGGUCAUUACUAUCACUAUAUUUAUUUCUGUUGCUGCUGUUCUGUUUCAGUCUAUAUAUAACGGUAUUUCCCGUAAAAUAACGCACUUGACGCUUAACGGUAACGGCUAAUGGUAGAUUUUAAAGGUAAAAUAAUGCUAAACUAAAAAUAUAGCCCAAAUGUUAAAAAGAAGACACAAUAAAAACUUGAAUUUCUGAAGAAUAUAACUAAAAUUUUAUAUUUCUGUAAAUUAAAUACCGUACCUACAUAACAACUUGUUUUAAACUGCAAUUAAAUUAUACCUGUUUUUAUCAUAUCUUAAUAUUUCGCUCCUUAAUAUCCGUUUAAAGAUAAGUUAUAAUUUUUGCAACGAACUGUUUAGUUUCUAAAAAGCUAAAUAUUACAAAUACCGUAGUUUACAUAAAGUGUUUUUCAGUUAUCAUGGGUACGGUGACAGUUCGUUUCUCUUUUAAAAGUUUUCCGCGAUCUACGAUAAUAGUACGUAAUGUGAACGUCAUAAGGCAACUGUCACAGUACCCAUGCUAUCUGAAAAACACUUUAGUUGACGUUUACCUAAUGAGGGUGUCCUGCGAGGUCUUCCGUUAGGUAUAGACUUGUUCCCGCAAUAUAUUUUGCUCAAUUACGACGUGUUUGUCGUAUUAUGCUCCUAAUAUAUUUAGUUUUGUGGGACGCAACUUGCGUAGACACCCGUGCGCCUUCACACCUUCCUAGCACGAUGAGCUGCGU